AUGAACCGCCAGAUUCGUAUGGUGUUGGCUGGCGUCAAGAAGACCAAAGCGGGCUAUCACUUCCGUCUCCCCGUGUCCGAGCUCUGGCCUGGCCUGUGGAAUGAGUACUCGGCCAAGGUUAAGGACCCGGUCGACAUUCAGACCAUGGAGAGGCGGCUCCGCGGGACCCUGACUAAGUAUCAGACCCUAGGAGACUUUAAGCGUGAUCUGGACAAGCUGGUGCAAAACUCCAUCACCUUCAACGGCGAGUUUCACGACGUUACUGGUGCGGCUCGGUCGUGUCGCGAUACUAUCUUGUCUCGACUAGGUACUUGCCCAGCAUUUGAGCCGUCGAGGCCCGAGAAGAAGGACGUUGCGAAGCAGCACACGACCCGUCAUGCGGAACCGAGAUCGGCUACUCACCACUCUUCUCCCCCGGCGCAUCUUCCCCAGCGCCCUCAACAGCCUCGCGUCAACACCGCGGCGGUGCCCACCCCCUCGUCCUCAAAGCCCAUCGAGUCUCCUGCUUUCGCCAUCCCUGCCAACAACAAUGGCAUGCCCCUCAUCCGUCGGGAUUCCACCAAGCCUGACAGCCGUGCCAAGCGCCCCGUGAAGCCUACUCAUUCCAAGGACCUUGUCUAUGACACUAAGCGCAAGAAGAAGCUCAGCCCUGAACUCCGUUUCUGCGAAGAGGUGCUCACUGAACUCCGCAAGCAGAGAUAUUACGAGUUCAACGAGGCCUUCCAGAAGCCUGUCGACCCUGUUGCCCUUAACAUCCCCACCUACCACAAGAUCAUCAAGAAGCCGAUGGACUUGUCGACGAUGCAGAGCAAGCUCAACGCGGGCGACUACGCCAACUCCAAGGAGUUUGAGCGCGACUUUGACCUUAUCAUCAAGAACUGUAGGCUUUUCAACGGCGAGCAGCAUAUUGUAUAUGACCAGGCCCUGCGACUGCAAAGUCUUUACCGCCGUGAAAUGUCUAAGAAAGACGAGUGGUUGGCUAAGCAUGCUCCUCCUCCUGCGGCUCAUCAUUCAUCGAACACUAGUCCUAGGAUGAAGGACGAGUCAGACUGGGACGAGCCCGAAUCUGAAGGUGAGCCAGAGGUGGAUGAGGAGCUUAAGGGGGCCCAACAACGUCUGGCGAGCUACAUGAAGCGUUUGGAGGAGGAGCAGAAGAAGAUCAACGACAUCAUGCUCGAGAUGAACCCUAACAUGGCUGACGUUGAGAUCGCUCAGUCUGUCGUCGCCAUGCUUCAGAAGCAGAUCAUCACUGAGAGGUCUAAGAUCGCCUCCAUGCAGCCGACGAAGAAGGCUGCGCCUGCGAAGCCGCACCAUGCCAAGCCUGCGGCCAGCAAGCCCAAGAAGGCCAUGCCGUCCGGUGGCAGCAGCUCUCACCACACUGGUGGUGGCAAUGUUGCCAAGAAGACUGGCGGUGGCCAUUCGAGCAUGGGCGGUGGUCAUGGAGGCGGUAUGGGAGGUAUGCCCAAGAAGGCGGCGGCUCGGAAGCCCGCACCCAAGCGCAAGAUGGGCACGGUCGAGAAGGAGGUUAUUGCGGCCGGUAUUGCUGAGCUGGAAGGCUCCCAACUUGAACGUGCCAUUCAGAUUAUCAAGGAUGACACCGGCACGGGCGAGAACGACUCGGGCGAAUUGGAGUUGGAUAUAGACCAGCUGUCCCAAGAAGCCCUGACUCAGCUCUAUGAUCUUGCCAUCAAGGCGUUCCCCCACCUGCAAAGGGAAAAGGAACGCACCAUGGCGGCCCAGGCGGCGCCUCCUCCCCCACCUGCCCCGCAAAGGUCUAAACCGGUACAGAAGACUAAGAAGAACAAGCCGAUGAGCAAGAUGGAACAGGAGCGCAGACUCCAACAGUUGAACGAGCUUCGCGCCCAGGCCGGCCGCCAAGGCUCCGGUAGUCAAGAGCCUAUGGAGUCGAUCGAGGGUACGGGAAGGGCUUCUGUUGAUCCUGCUCCGCAGCACCAUCGCGAGGAAGACAGCGAGGAUGAGGAGAGCUCCGAGGAGGAGUAA